AAGGGCGUCUCGAUAAAAGAGUGAGCACGAAAAAUCAAAGCGUGGUCGUCUCGCGGAGCUUGCACGAUGAAAGACCUUAAAUCUUCUCGAAAAUCGUCUGAGCCAGAGAGAGCCCCAGGGUAUGGAAUUCAGAUAAGCUAUCGCACUCUCUCUAUUCGCGUAGAGGAGAAGGCGCUUCCUUCGAAGGCCAAGCAAUCAGCAGAUCCGGCAGAUGCCAUAGCCAGCAUCGACGUCCACCUCAUCGGCACAGACGAGGUGUACACCCGUUACUCCUGUCAUCCUACUGUUGGCCUCGAGUCUGCAGCAGUUCAACGAAGGUCCAAGGAUGGCAAGAACGUCAUCAGCCCACCUCCGACACAACACUGGAAGAAGAUCCUUAACUACAUCUUCGGAGGCUUCAAUUUCCUCAUGUGGAUCGCAUUUAUCGUCACCACACUCUCGUACAAGCCUCUGGGGGAGCCUAACCCUGCCAUUGUCAACAUUGGGGUCGCAGCUCUGCUGAUGCUCGUCAUUAUCAUCUCAGCCACAUUCUAUGCCUUCGUGGACUGGAAUGCCAGCAGAAUCAUGAAAUCCAUCAAGUCUCUUAUUGCGCAUGAAGCUGCUGUAAUCCGUGAUGGCAAGCAACAACUUAUACCUGCCACGGAUAUCGUUGUCGGAGACAUUGUAGUUCUCAGCACCGGCGAUCGAAUUCCUGCGGACCUAAGGAUUGUGUCGGCUUCAUCUGACUUGCGCUUUGACCGCUCCCUACUUACUGGAGAAAGUGAUAUGGUCCCUGGGUCCCUCGAUGCCACAUCUGACAACGCUCUGGAGACUCGCAACCUUGCACUGACCUCGACCUUCGUGACACAGGGUACCUGUAAUGGCGUUGUGUUCGCCACUGGUGACAGGACCGUCAUGGGACGCCUUGUUAGAAUGUCUGGCGAGACAAAAUUCAAGCUUACGACCAUCCAGAAAGAGAUCUGGUUUUUCACCAAGGUUAUCUCCUCAAUCGCUUUCACGAUGUUCGGUAUAUCCUUACUGCUCUUCGGUGUGUGGUUGAGGACGACCUAUCCUGGAUAUGAAACCAUCAGUAUUGCGAUCAUGAACUCGAUUGGUUGCCUUACGGCGUUCGUGCCGCAGGGACUACCCCUCUGCUUUGCCCUUUCACUGACCAUCAUUGCCCGUCGCAUGUCGAAGCGGCACGUUCUUGUCAAGAAUCUCGCAACGAUUGAAACUCUCGGAUGCAUGUCUGUCUUAUGUUCAGACAAGACCGGUACUUUGACUGCAGGCAAGAUGGCGGUCGAGUCAAUCGCCUUUUUGGAUCACCAUCUCUUGAUCAGUGAAAUUGACGAGCAGAUCUCCCAAGCACCAGACCCUCAAUUCUUCGCUGGCUUGAGCGCUUUGCACCAUACGGCACGGCUGUGUAACGGUGCAAAGUUCGACGCUGCGACUGCUGACCGGCCUAUUCACGAGCGAAAUGUCAAAGGAGAUCCCACUGACACGGCCCUGCUUCGCUUUUCCGAGGCUCUGUCUAUCCCAACUUUGAAGAUUGAUACGCCAGCGUUGCUAUCAUCCUGGAAAAAGCUCUUUGAAAUUCCCUUCAAUUCAAAAAACAAGUGGAUGCUCAGCGUCGUUCAGGAGACUCACACUGCUGAAGGAGAUAUUACUGAGAAGGACUCGAGAGCAUGGAUACUCGUGAAAGGUGCUCCAGACAUGCUAGUAAAAUCCUGCAGCACGGUGAUGAGGUCCGAUGGCACCGUUGUCCCCUUUGAUGAAGCAUCAAGGCAGCACAUGGCUGAUCUUCAAAGCAAGUGGUCGAGUGAAGGACAGAGAGUGCUUGCCUUGUGUCGCAAGCCACUGGACGCCUUGAAACCGAACCUAUCUCCAAAUGACAUGGAGGAAUUGAUGUACUCGGAGAUAUGUAAUCUCACUCUGGUUGGACUGGUCGGUAUCCGCGAUCCACCCCGUCCAGACGUAGCCGCAAGCGUGGCCAUUAUCCGUCGCGCUGGUGUCAGGGUUUUCAUGGUGACAGGAGACUUUAAGCUCACUGCUGUCGCAAUUGCACGCCAGGUCGGCAUCAUUACACAGCACCACGUUGAUACCAUCGAUCAUGUCAGGGCCGCAUCAUCCGAGAAGCACCUCGUCGAUAUUCCACUACCUGCCAUCAAGCCUUCGGAUGACGACCCUAUCCGUGCAUUGGUACUCACAGGAGAGGACGUUAGCGCUCUUACCUCCCUUGAUUGGCACGUAAUCGUCGGGAGAUACACUGAAAUUGCGUUUGCUCGCACCACGCCUGAUCAAAAAAUGAAGAUCGUCGAGGAAAUCAAGGCCCGGGGCGACAAUACUGUGGCUGUGACUGGCGACGGUGUGAACGACGCACCCGCUCUCAAAGCUGCUGACAUUGGUGUCGCGAUGGGGAGCGGUAGUGAUGUGGCGAAAGAAGCCGCUGCACUGAUCUUGUUGAACAAUGACUUUGCGUCUAUCCCAGUUGCCAUCGAAAUGGGUCGUCUGGUAUUCGAUAACCUCAAGAAAGUGACGCUUUACCUCAUGCCUGUUGGAAGCUACACGGAGUUCAUGGCGGUGCUCUCGAAUGUUGUCCUUGGAAUGCAGAUUCCUCUGAGCUCCUAUCUACAAGUUUGUUUCUCCAUCACCAAUGACGUCGUCAUGUCAAUUUCCUUGAUGUACGAGAAAGCUGAAGCAGAUCUCAUGUUGCGGAAGCCUCGCAACGCUAGAACCGACCGCCUUACCGAUUGGAGACUGUUCUUCCAGAUAUACCUGUUCCUUGGACUGAUGUCCUGGCCAUGCGCGAUGAGCAUGUGGUUUGUAUACAUGCGUCAGCAAGGCCUCGGAUUCAACGACGUGAUAUUGGCUUAUAACAAGUGGGCCGACGGCUAUCAUGGCUACUCGCUGGACCAGCUCAAUCACUUCGUUUAUGUCGGCCAGUGCAUCUACUACGUGACCAUGGUAUUCAUGCAGUACGGAAAUCUCCUUGCCAUCCGAAACCGCAGGGUUUCCCUACUCAAUUCCAACCCUCUAUGGGGACCUCGCAAGAAUAUUGCGGUUCCGAUUGGCAUGGUCGCGACUGCCUUGAUCGCGAUUAUCAAUCUGUACGGUCCAGGCUUACAGAACGUAUUCUUAACGACGCCUAUACCUGGAAUGUUCUGGGGCCCCCCGUUCGCCUUUGGCUUAGGGAUUCUCUGCGUGGACGAAGUUCGCAAGCUGAUUGUGAGGACAUAUCCGAAGUCGAUUGUUGCUAAAAUGGCUUGGUAACACAUUUGGGUCGUCAAGUGUCUCGCUUUGGUCUGCGAGCAUGUUACUUGCCUGUCAGUGCUAGGACCAUCUUAUGAGUUAAACGGACGUCAGAUACCGACACCCGUAUAUCUGUAAAUAGUAUAGCCUAGAAAUGAUAUAAAUACACACCUUGUCUCCUUUAAA